AUAAGCGUGACUCGAGAUGAAGGCUGUUGAAGCAGCAUGACAGUGCAAAAAAUUUAUAGCUCCAUCCAGGUGUCAGGGGAACAUAUAUAGAUGUCAGGGUAGCUAGAUUUUGCUGCUCUAUUUGACUUGUUACGUGGAGAAAUGGCUCACUUUUCGAACGGAUCUGAAAAGCCGGCGCUGAAAGGCGACCACCUACGCCUUUACAGUAUGAGAUUCUGCCCAUUUGCACAGAGAACGCGACUUGUGUUAGCAGCAAAAGGAAUCGAGUACGAAUGUGUGAACGUCAAUUUGAUGGAUAAACCAGAAUGGUUCUUCGAAAUGAAUCCAGCUGGAGCUGUUCCGGUGAUCGAGCUGCCUGAUGGAAAGGUUCUUUAUGAAUCUGCGAUAUGCUGCGAAUUUCUGGAGGAUUUAUAUCCAGAUAAGGAACAAUUAUUUCCUAAAGAUCUAGUUGAAAAACACAAGCAGAGAAUUCUGGUUGAAGUUCUGGGAAGCAAGUUGAUUCCUGCUUAUUAUAAAAAGAUGCUGAGAGGCGAUAGUCCUGAAGUACUGGAAGAACUUGAUAAACAUCUAACUUCAUUUGAAAAAGAACUGAAUGGAAAAACAUUUAUUGGAGAUUUCCUGAAAAUGGCAGAAUCUGCUUCUUCCGGACGCAGAAAAUAUUCUAAUAAAAGUGUUCGUCAAAAAUAUGAAGCUUUGAAAUUGCUUGAGAAAUGUAAAGCCAAAAAAGAUGUUGCAGCUCAGUUCAAAGUACCACCGAAUACAAUCUCAAUAUGGCUAAAGAACAAGGACAAGAUUGUAAAAGCCUUUGAAGGAGGGAGUCAUCGAACUCAGUUUCGGCUGAAAGCGAGUACUUGUGAUAACUUGGAUGAGGCCUUAUACAAGUGGUUCAUCAGAGUUAGAGAUCAAGGCGUACCUGUUGGUGGCCCUUUACUCAAAGAGAAAGCAAGAAAGUAUGCCGAAGAGCUGGGAAUGGAAGAUUUCAAAGCAUCUAAUGGAAGCAAACAUAUUCUGCGAGCUAUCGUUCUUUGGACUAAAAUGACUCACCUUUCUAAAGGAUCCGAAAAACCGGCCUCAAAAACAGAUGGCCUCCGCCUUUACAGCAUGCGAUUUUGUCCCUAUGCAGAGAGAGCACGACUUGUGCUUGCAGCUAAAGGAAUUGAGCACGAGUGUGUAAACAUCAACUUGAAGGACAAACCAGAAUGGUUUUUCGAACUGAACCCUGUUGGAAAGGUCCCAGUGAUUGAGCUACCUGGAGGAAAGGUCAUUUACGAAUCUGUGAUAUGCUGUGAUUUCCUGGAAGAUAUGUAUCCAGGAAAGACGCAGUUGUUUCCAAAGGAUCCAUAUGAAAAACAUAAACAGCGAUUACUGGUUGAAGUUCUGUGUAAUAAGAUCACAUCUGCCUUUUACGAAUCUGUACGGGGUGGUGAUGAGGCUAAUGAGGAGCUGGACAAGCAACUGUCUGCAUUAGAAAAAGAGCUCAAAGAGAGGAAUACAAAGUUUAUUGGAGGUUCAAGUCCCAGCAUGGCAGACUAUCUCAUAUGGCCAUGGAUUGAACGGCUCCAUCUAAUGACUAACCACUUUAAGACUGAUUUGGGUAAGUUCCCAGUACUCUCAGCUUGGUGCGCGGCCAUGAGUGACGUGCCUGCAGUGAAGGAGUGUAGUUAUCCAGCAGAAUGGUACAAUAAAUAUUUUGAAGGCAUCAGCACUGGGAAUGCAGAAGCUCAGCUGUAUGGCAUUGAUGAGAAAGCAUAAACAAGCUUUCACAAAACCUUCGUAUUGUUAACGUUUCUCCUUUCCUGAAAUAAAAGGAAAAUGGUUUAAAACAAUAGUGAUGAAAGCAUUGAAAAUAUAUACGUCACGCAGUUGUUCAUUUGCGCAUUUCCUGUUGCCCACUGCUCCAUAUUCCUAUCAGAGACCUGUCAAAUGUAAAAAUAUAAGGUAAAAUUUUACGCUCUGAUUUUAUUGUUACGAGUGCACAGUUGAUGAAACGAAACGCCAUAGCAAACAGCACGAUACUGCGAUAGGGACGGCGCGCAGCGAAAAAACGAGGAAGGCCAGGGAACGGUUUCUUACCCGACCCGACGUAAAUUUUGGCACGCCUCGGCUACCGCAGCGUUUAUCAUUGCUCUGUUUUAUUAAGGAACGGGCCGUCACACGACCGAUCAGACAACGAGAUUAAUCUUGCUCCUGGGUUCAAACUUUUUUUUACCGAUAAAGAGUACUUACGUCAUGCGCAUGCACGUCUGUAUCUUGUUUCCUGUUGCUAUAUACUCCAUGUAUGCGGGGUCUGUAAAAUGUAGAAUGCGAGAUUUUUAAUUCUGAAUAAAACGACAUGUAACGGGAA